AACAGCGUAUUCGAUAAUAACAAAAUAACAAGUGCAUUCGCAAGACAUACAGCUUUGCAAUUAGUUUAAUUCACAAGCAGAAAGAAAUAAAAAAAAAUGCGACAACAGCGACAAUGCAUUGUGGUGAAUAUGCGUUCUGCGAUAGCGCUCAUCAUCAUAUUUGUGCUGACCGGCAUUAGAAACAGCGAAACGGCCAGCGGUGGCAAUCAAAUGGAUCUGACUGAUGCCAAAACCGAUCAACGCAAAGACAACAGCAAUGCUGGCAACAACAACAAUAAUAAUAAUAAUAACAAUAAUGAGAAUGAAGUGUUUGUGCCCGCGUUGGCCAACAUGGCCAGCAAGUCAAGUGGCGACGGCAAUAGCAGCAGUAACAACAUUAGCAACAGCACUACAAACAUGUUGUGCCCACUGGAUAAGGAGACACCUUGCGAUCAGUUACAAUUCCCGUGCAUACGUUGCAGCUACAAUUUCAAUUGCCUUUACGGUCGCGAUGUGAACAUCAGCUGCGAGGCUGUCAGCAAUGUUCAAUGCCAAGGCGAACGCGCCUUCCACCGGCAAAUGAACUGUCGCUAUUGCUACCAGACGGAAAUGUGGCAACAGCACUGCGAACAGCAUGCGAAUUGCAAUUCGGCAGCCGAAAAAUAUUAUCGCACCAACUGCACAGUGCAUCAGGAUGUCCUCUGCUUGGGCAAUCGCUCUUUUACCCGCAAUCUACGCUGCAAUUGGACGCAAGGCUACCGCUGGAGCACAGCGCUCUUGAUCAGUCUUACGCUGGGCGGCUUUGGUGCCGAUCGUUUCUAUCUGGGACACUGGCAAGAGGGCAUUGGCAAGCUGUUUAGCUUUGGCGGCUUGGGUGUGUGGACCAUCAUCGAUGUGCUGCUCAUAUCCAUGCAUUAUCUGGGGCCAGCCGAUGGCUCACUAUACAUUUAGAUUAAGUGAACUAACAUUUAGGCAAAAUCUAUGAGUAAACAAUUGGAAUGUGAAACGAGAGGAGGUAUGUAUGUAUAUAACAUUUAGAAUAAGACCCAAGAUUGUAUAUAAACGUUAGUUGAGACUGUCUAUAAAUCUAACUAUAGCUACACAAGAUAUUUAUGUAUGUAUGUAU